AUGUCGAUCAAUUCGGAAUGUUCGGUGCUAAACUUCUAUCGUGGCUCAACAGUGCUACUGGCGGGUGGAACAGGGUUCAUGGGAAAGGUCCUUUUGGAGAAGGUCCUACGAUGUUUGGAAGUGAAAAAGCUAUACUUGUUGAUUCGUCGGAAACGAGGCGUAUGUGGGAAAGACCGCCUUCAGCAAAUACUCCGGAAUCGACUGUUUGAUCAAGUGCGAACCGCGGAAUUGAUAGCUAAAAUUGAACCAGUCGAAGUGGACUAUGACAAGGAAGAUUUUGGGUUGUCUCCGGAAAUCACAACCCGAAUAAAAACGGAAAUUAAAAUUGUGUUCUAUUGCAUAGCGACGGUUAAGUUCAAUGUUCCUAUCGCAGAGGCUCUGCGAACGAAUGUUGGCAUUGGCAGAAACAUGAUGAAUUGGUGUAAAACUGCACAGAAUUUGGAAGCAUUUGUGUUCACGUCAACAUUUUACAGCAACUCCAAUAGAAGACUUGUGGAAGAAAAAGUGUAUGAUGAUAUUUCGGAAGAUAUCUACGAAAACUGCAUUAAAUUACUGAACUGUCAUCUGAGCGUAGGCGAAGAGAAUAAAAUGACGAAGGAGGUACUGAAAUGUUAUGAAAAUACAUAUUUUUUUAGUAAAAAGUGUGCCGAGAUUAUGAUCCAAAGGGAGUUUUCGGGAAAAGUGCCAAUAGGAAUCUAUAGACCACCAAUUGUUUUGCCAACGUGUCGUGAGCCGGUGGUCGGUUGGACAGACAACUAUCACGGAAUAACUCCCUACGUAAUAGCUAACCUUGGUGGAGUCAACAAGAUAUCUCUGAUGAGACCGGAGUUAGAAGGCGAUUUCGCACCGGUGGAUUAUUGCGUUAAUGCUAUGAUGGUUUGUGCCUACGAUAUCGCACUUAGGAAGCAAGUUUCCGGCAGCCAGAUUAUUCCGGUGUUCAACCAUUGCGGCACGGUCAAUAGAUGCCGGUAUGGAGAUAUACUGCGUUUUAUUGCGGACUCAAGGCAGUGGUGGUUCGAGAGAUGGAUUUGGAAAUACUGUUGGAUUACCACUAGCAAUAGAUUUGUUUUGAACGCGACAUAUAUUCUGCUUUAUGCUAUUGCGGCCCUACGAGACUUCAUUGUAGGCAGUUUUGGUAAUGCAGACAAAAUCAAUCGUUAUCACUAUCGUCGAGCAGUAAAACAAGUAAUUGCAGUAAAUCAGACGGCCGGUUUUAUUUUACUUCGAAAGUGGAGAAGUGAAUCUAAUAAUAUGCGGCAACUGGAGCGUCUUCUCAGCCAUGCGGAAGAAAAAAUAAUGGGCUUUGAUCUCUCAGAUAUUCAAUGGGCAGAAUAUGUGAAGAACUCCGUAGGCGGUGUAGUUCAAUUCCUGAAGCGUUGA